UAUUAUCAGAUACAGUGGUGGUUAAGGACUGUAUAAAUACUGGACAGACUAUGAAGGUCAGUGCAAACCCGCACACAGCACUGCGGAGAAUACUGCUGUGGAGAUGGCGAUGUUUGGAAGGGUCUUGGAGCCAGUGGGCUACAUGCAGACAGUGAGGGUCCUGGUGCAAGGCAUCUGCUCUUAUCUGGGCGGUGGCGCCACAGCAGAAGAGACUGAGGUGGUCAGGAAGAACCUGGACCACAUCGACCAGGAGCUGGGGACGUCAGGUCACGGUCUGCUGGAAGAUCAGGAGGUUCAUUGGCUGGAGGACGACCUGGCAGUGGUCUACUACCAGCUGGGCACGGCGGUGAGGGCUCAGUCAGACUUUGCCAAGAAGGAGAAGGACGUGUUCCUGCAGUACGUGGAGGACUACCGGCUGGAGAGGCAGCUGACAGCGCUCUACAACCGCCUGAUGGGAGUGUCAGCGCUGACCAACCAGCCCACACUGCUGGAGGAGCUCAUACUGACCCGCAAGCCCAGGCGCUGGGAGCUGAAGGAGUUCUGCGUCAAGGUUGGUGCACGCGCACGGCAUCACGUGGAGGAUGUUUGUUCGUCUCCCCAAGUGAACUUCGUCCUGGCCACCGGGCUGCUGUGUCUCUUCACACAGGCUUCUCUGACGGGCAGAGACCAGGCCCUGCUGAUGAAGACCUGGUGCGACCGCAUGGGCGCCCUCUACAGGAAGAUGAAGAACACCGGCGGACGCUGCUUGGGCUACUUCCUGGAGCAGGCGGAGGUGGACAUCCGGCAGCAGAUCACCGAGGCCGUGCAGAACCGCGUGGCCCCCGACGAGGCAGCGGAGAGUGUCCUGAAGACGCUGGAGAAGAACUACGACUGGCUGCGCUGGGCCGUGAUGCUGCAUCCUGCAGUGGGGCCCGUGGACGACGUGAGCGAGACCCGGGAGGAGAAGGGAGAGGCUCCAGCAGAGCAGCAGCUCAGCAACUUCCUGUCUGUGGCAUCAGAACCGCCGAUCCCCCACGUGGUGGCGUGCUACCGCGACACACCCAGCUCGCUGGACAGGAGCCGCAUCCACCAGCUCAUCGUUGACCUGGAGUGGAAGAUCCCCAACCCCCCCCCCGAGGUGUACGCCUCGUUUGAGGAGGACCCGGGCCGAGCGCGGCGCUACCUGGCCUCACGCAUGCUGCAGAAACUGCAGGAGGGCUUGGGUUCUGGAGUGGCCGUGCACGUGGUGCCGGGCCGCAUGGAGAUGAAGUGCAACUUCCCUCAAGCCUCCUACCACCUCUACGAGUACAAACACCGCCUGGCAUCGGGCACCGUGUGCAUCUUUGGAUGACGGCAGCAACCUGCUGUUCUCCCAGAUGUACCGUCCUACGACAUGUUUGCUUAAACAGGGGUGAUGUGGAGUUAAAGCUAAAUAAACACCCUUUUUCAGCUGUACUGAGA